AUGUAUACGCUGCCAAUUGUUACUAACUAUAUCCCAGGCUCUCGGUGAGCGCACCUAUACGACUCCCAGCUGAUCCCCGUAGGCUGCCCGAAGGGAAGUCCUCUGGAAAAUAGCGCUAUAGCUAUAGCCGGCGCGGAGGGCCAACUACCGGCCAGAGCCGCGUGCCGCACUUGGCCUCACUUGGCUCGAUCGCGGCGAGCGUAGAUCGCCCCUGGCACCGCGCUAGUAAGCUCUGCUUCCCUCCCUAUCACGACCCCUGACCGACCGCACCGCCUCGUUCUUGCGAGUGGGAUGCAUCCGACAAUACCGUACUCGCCUCAGGACUUAUAGCCUCGCGAGUGACCCCCUGCUGUGUGCUGCCGUGUGCGAACAGUGCGAUCAUCGACUCGACUUGUCGCGUGACGCACACUCGGCCGUAUCGCGUGCGGAGUUCGGAUUUGGUUGCCGGAGCUGCAGGUGAGGUCGUUUCGCCCGCUGGUGGCAGUCUUGCCCACAGCAACGUUGCAGUGCCAACAGUACGUCCCAUUGCACACCAUCCAGAGCGCAUUGCCCCACCCAUUCUGACGCAGAUCCCAUCUUCCCACGCCGUUGCAGUGGCUUGUUCCGCGCGUCCGCUGCACGAGCUGGCCAAGCACGUCUCGCCGGCUUCCUUCAUCCCCCCUCAGCCGUCGGCUCGGAGCCCCUCGUCCUACUCGGCGUCAUCGUCCCCGCCCUCGUCCUUUCGUCUGCUCGGCGCCAAGUCCGUUCCUUCGGGUCACAAUGGCAAUGGCAACACCGACCAUCAUCAGGGCUUGACCAGCCCAUCGAACCGGUCGACCAAGAUGGAAAGCCUCGAUGCUGAUUGGGCCGCGUUCGCAACCGGUCCGAGCUCGCAGGUCGAGGCGAUGCCACCCACGCACGCAUCGACUUCAUCUUUUCCGGGAGCAGCUUCCUUGUCGUCGUCGUCAUCGUCGUCUUCUUAUUUCGAUGCCGACAAAGAAGACGCGUCGCCCCUCUUCAGUCCCGAACAGCAGACCCUGUCGGCGAUCCAGUGGGGCUUCUCGUCACCGAACUGGUCAGGUACGCCUUCAUCCUCGAUGGCGGGUCCGAUGUACAUGCAUCGCAACGCCAAUGCGAGCUUCGUCUCGUCAUCCUCGGGCGACUUGCCGACGGCCGAAGAAGCCUUUUCGGUCGCAUCGACGCCACCGACCUCGCAGAUCGAGGGGGGAAGCGGAGCUCAUCCGCUGACGAUGGAAGUGACGAGCUACAACCGAUGGGACUUUGAUCAACUCUUCAACAAGCCGCAAAGAUGGAGCGAGGGUCGUCGCGGGCUCUUUGAUGAUAACGAACAGGACGAUCGCGAGAACGACAAGGACCGAGGUCGGAGGUCGACGAACACGCUCGGCAGGAGGAGCUCGAGAAGUGCGGCGGGGAGAGUUCUGAUCGAGAGAUCGAUCGACCAACGACGAUCGAGGUCACUCGUUGGUGCUUCGGCGAUGCGCAAGGGGGGCGAAUCGUCUUUGUCACGCUUGAGUCAGGAGAUCUUGCGACCUGCCGACAGCGCCGUCGAGACAGCCGGGUCCGCGAGUAUGACGGACCCGACGCAGGUCGAUGGGAUCCCCGUGAUCUCGGAUGAGGAACGACAAAAGCUCGCGUUCGAGCAGUUGCGGAAGGUCGCUAUGGAGCGAUUGCAAGCUGUCGGUGCCCACCUCGACUGGGCCCAAACUGGAUCCAAAUGA